GGAGCGUGGUGUAGCGAGGUGUGCAGCAGGAGAGAGAGCCGGGAGACGAGCGGUAAGUGAGUGGAGUAAUGACAGACGAUCAACACCUGUGUCUCGUUCCAGUAAGGGCGCGGGGAGAGAAUAUAAACAUCGGACGAAGUCACAAUGGAGAGAGAGAGACGGACUCGACGCGAGCUGCCACAAACCCAAACUUCUCAGUCAGCAAGGGGGACCUUCGCUGACUUCAGAGCGACACAAGCCAGGCUAGAAGGAAGACCGUGGAUUUAUGUUGUGUACUUUUGAUGCUCUAUUUAAGUUGGUUGUUUUAUUUAGUGUGGAAUAAAAUUGUGUCAGUCUCGCCAACCUCGUCCUCUUCCUUCCUUAUCUCCACGAACACGCUACAUUGGUGCCGAAACCCGGGAAGGAAGAAGGAGGGACACUGCCAUCAUGCAGGCAACAUCGGGCACGCCGUUUGCGGACAUCAUCACGUCUCUCGCGGUCCUCCACCGCGAACAACACCAGGCGCUACUGGACCUUCGGAAUGACCACGAGCUCCGCUUCCAGUCCGUCUUCCAGGCCCAGCGCGAGGACCGCGAGAGCUUUCGGAGCUGGAUGGACCAGGGGGUUCGGGUCGAAGCGUCCGCGCUGCCUGCGACAACCGCCUCCUUCUUGCCGUUGUCGAAGAUGGGACCGGAGGAUGACCCCGAGGCAUUUCUCGACCUGUUCGAGAAGACGGCGGAAACUAGCGGCUGGCCCCCGGAGGACUGGGCGAGGCGACUCCUGCCGUUUCUGUCGGGGGAAGCGCAACUGGCGGCCAGGCCACUGCCCAUCCAGAACCUCCUGGUCUUCGACGACCUGAAGAGGGCCAUCCUACAGAGGGUCGGCCGUAGCCCGGAGGAACAUCGGCAGCGAUUCCGGUCGCUGGGGCUUGGCGAAAGCGGUCGUCCUUUCGUGAUGGCCCACCAGCUCCGGGAUUCGUGCCGCAAAUGGCUCCUGGCUGGGAACGGUGACGUCGAAGACAUCAUCGACCGUGUGGUGCUGGAGCAGUUCAUCGCUCGGCUUCCCAAGAAAACGGCCGAGUGGGUCCAGUGCCACCGCCCGACGUCGCUGGGCUCAGCCAUCCAGCUGGCGGAAGACCAGAUGGUGGUGUGCCCCGGGGUUGGCGAACCCCUUCCGGCUGUCUCUCUCUCCUCUCCGGAGGCUGUUUCUCUCUCCCCCUCUUCUCUCUCUCUCUCUCCUGUCCCUACACCCAGGUCCCGUCCCCCCGGUCCACCACGAGUGCCGCCGCGGCGACGGUUCCCACCGGCCGUGAGCUACACGAGCGUGUACCGUGCGCCACCCCGCGGAUUCCCGGACGGCGAUGGGUCCAAUCUCUCUCCGCGCCCCUCCCGGGCUCCACUCUCCGCCACUCGGAUGGCGGAGACGCCUGGGCCGGUCUGUUGGCGCUGCGGGGACCCGGACCAUUGGGUCGACCGGUGUCCAGUGAUGGAGGUUGGGACGAUGAUCCGGGUCCCCGACACGCCACAGGCUGCCCCCGGUCAGAACGGAGGGUACCAAAUUCCUUAAGGGCGCGGGGAGAGAAUAUAAACAUCGGACGAAGUCACAAUGGAGAGAGAGAGACGGACUCGACGCGAGCUGCCACAAACCCAAACUUCUCAGUCAGCAAGGGGGACCUUCGCUGACUUCAGAGCGACACAAGCCAGGCUAGAAGGAAGACCGUGGAUUUAUGUUGUGUACUUUUGAUGCUCUAUUUAAGUUGGUUGUUUUAUUUAGUGUGGAAUAAAAUUGUGUCAG